UUAAUGUAUAUAAUAUCUUAAGUAUAAACACUAUACCUUGGAAUAUAGUGUUUAUACUUAAGUUCGUGUUCUUUUCUUUACUUCCGCUAGGUUUCUGGUGUGUGGUGUGGUUUGCAUGAGGAAGUCAGCAUUUAACAGGAUAUUCUAAAACAACAUGUCUGUCCGUUACUGUUUGUAUCAGAUGUUACUGCAUUCAAUUUUGGUUAUUUCAAUAAUCUUCCUGCCGAGUUGUGUCUGUCAAGCUGGGAAUGAUAAUGAGAGAAAAGUUACUGGUUACCUUGGUGAGCAAGUUGUCCUGAAAUUAGAUGUUAAGCCAACCCAGAAGCUUACGUCAAUUCAGUGGUCAAUCUACAAAAAUGUUACUUUAAUUGCAUUGUUUCAACAUGGUGUACUCAUCAGAUACAAGAAUGGAUUUGAUGUCAACACAACUUCGGGUGAUUUAAUAAUUAAAAAUUUAACGGCCAAUGAUGCACUAAAAUACAGAGUGGAUCUGGAAAUUAAUGAUGAAGAUCAGCGUACCAUUUAUGUGCAGCUGUCUGUUCAAGAUCAAAUCAGCAAGCCAAACAUAACUCUACUGCACAGUUUCCUGGAUGCAGAGAAAUGUGUGAUCUCACUUAAGUGCUCAUCACUAAGUAAUAAAAUUUUUCUCAGUUGGAAACAUGAGCAUGAAUUCACUGAGCACUUCUCUAGUGACUGUCCCAAUGUCACUAGAGAGUCAGUGAUGUGGACAUCCUUAAGGACCAACAGACCUGUAAGCUUCACCUGCAUUGCUACUGAUGGGAAUCGCAGUGAGUCACGCAAAUGGAGUGGGAAAUGUCCAGAACCGGUUUACACUCCUUGCACUUCAAGAGGCACUGGAGCAGCCAUAGUAUUCACCGGAUUACUGAUGAUAAUCUUCUGUUUAUGUUGUAAAGGGUGUUUAUAUGGACAAUGUACAAGAGAGGAUGAGACUACCAGUCCACUGGUGAAGACCACACUGAAGACAUCCACAUCAGGAGAGGAUGUGAAGACCACACUGAAGACAUCCACAUCAGGAGAGGAUGUGAAGACCUCACUGGAGACAUCCACAUCAGGAGAGGAUGUGAAGACCACACUGAAGACAUCCACAUCAGGAGAGGAUGUGAAGACCUCACUGGAGACAUCCACAUCAGGAGAGGAUGUGAAGACCACACUGAAGACAUCCACAUCAGGAGAGGAUGUGAAGACCUCACUGGAGACAUCCACAUCAGGAGAGGAUGUGAAGACCACACUGAAGACAUCCACAUCAGGAGAGGAUGUGAAGACCACACUGGAGACAUCCACAUCAGGAGAGGAUGUGAAGACCACACUGGAGACAUCCACAUCAGGAGAGGAUGUGAAGACCACACUGGAGACAUCCACAACAGGAGAGGAUGUGAAGACCACACUGGUGUGAAGACCAAACAGGAGAAGCAGGCAAACAAGAGAGCAAGUGAAAAGCCUUUUGGAAAAAAAUUCAUCCUCUUCCUGUUCUGUGUAAUGGUGCAGAAAGGGUCAAUGUUUUGUCCAUAACAACAGGUAAAAACAUGCAAGUCCUGCAGGUGCAUUUUCAGGCUGUGAACAGGCUUAAUGUGCAACAGUAAUUAAAUUAAGAAGAAUCAUUACCUACUUACCUACUUACCUACUGCAGAUUAUUCGAAUAACCAAAAUUGAAUGCAAAAACUUUAGAUACAACGAGUAAAAGACAGACAUGUUGUUUCAGAAUGUUCCUGUCUCUAAAUGUUCAGUCACUUUCUCAUGAAUGUACUACCACAAACUCCUGGAUGGAAAAAAAGCUUGUAAUUUAAACAUAUCCCCAUAUAUCCAGGUUCAGAAUAUGGAUUUGUUCAUAUUUUUAAACCUAACAUUACAUUUAAUUCACUAUUACCUAAUUUUUUAUUGGGUAAAUGUUCAGCUUCCAGCAUAAUAAUGCACCAUGUUACAGAGCAAAAGUCGUCUCAAACUGGUUUCAUGAACAAAACAGUGAGUCACCAGAUUUGAAUCUAAUAGAGACCCUGUGGGAUGUGGUAGAACAGGAGAAUCACAGCAUGAGAAUGUACCUGAAAUAUCUGCAGAAAUUGUGUGAUGCAAUCAUAUUAACAUGGACCAUCAUCAACAUCAUCAUCAUCAUCAUCCUCACUUACGUUAACGAGUUCCGAAGCUGUAUUAGGCAAUGCAUGCUUAGUCUAAAUGAUGAGAAAUUAAUGAUACAUUAAAUAAUCCACUUUAUUCAUGUUCAGUACACCUAUGAUUAAUUCUGUCUUUACAGUAGGGUACAACAAGCCACUGGUAUUGCUUGUAGUUUGUCUCUUGUGGUUGUGAAAGUAUUGUCAUAUUGUCACUCAUAGGCAUAUACCAGUGGCUGUAGCCUGCAGAACCUGAUAAACUAUGGAAUAUUAUUUAUUUGUCUUUAAAAUGCACCUAGAAUAAAAUAAAAUAAAAAAAAGCACAAAUAAAGAAUUGUUUGUUCUACAUUAGCUGCCAGGCUUUGCCGUCAACAUAACUGGCUGAUUAUUCAGUUUAAACCAGUGUUUCAUUAAUUCAGUAUAUAUUGUUUUUAUACAAUAUGACCUGUUUUACAUAAUAUUGAAAUAUUUAUUGAAAAAAGACUGAGGAACAAAUAAAAUGGUCACUAUAGUUAGAAUUUCAUAUCUAUCUGUCUGUCUGUCUGUCUAAAAAAAGUAUUAGUAUUA